GAAGUAAUUUAAAAAGUAAAACCCGUAUAUUUCAAUCUUACUCUCAAAUCCAUGAAUUUUAAUUUAAAAGGAAUUUCCUCUCCACUCUCUCCUCUCACCGACGGCGAUGAAGCCUCCAUUGUCCAUCAUCAUUGACUUUUCUGUUGCUCUCUGACCUCGUCGACCACUCGAUCCGAUUUCGUUUUUGGGGUUUCCUUUUCUGCCUUGUCUCACCGCAACCAAUGCAAAUUCCAUCCAAGGUAUAAAAAUGGACAGCUUGUCAAGGCGUGAUCCUUCGAG